AUGAGCGGACCUCCUCCGCCACCGCCUCACGGCGAGAAUCCCAAGACCACAGCCGGCUCUCCCCCGCCUGGCGCUGGCUUGGGGCCCGGCAAUUACGACAUAUUCGUCAUUCCCCAGCGCGAUAAGGGCGGCGGCUUCAUCUACCUUCCGUCCCUUGCGCCCAAUGGCCCCAGCUUCGCAGCCGGCUUUGCCUGCGCCCUGGUCAUGGUCGUCAUGUUCCAGAGCAUGGCCCCAGCCUUUCGCACAUGGUGGGGAACCUACCAGGGCAUGGGAAACAUGGGAAUGUCGCUCCUCGUCAUCGCCGUCGGUGUAGGAGCAUGGGCAUGGGGCAAGUCGCAAGCCCAGCCGUCUGCCUCAAACGGCAACGGCCCCAACGGCGGUUGGCGUACAGGCCCGGGAGGAUAUGGUUCUUACGCGGGCAGCGGCAACUUCGCCAACGGCUUCCCCGGAACCGGUGCUCCUCCUCCCCCUCCACCUCAUGGCACUCCCCCUCACGGCAGCCAAAAUACCGGUCAUUCGAGCGGUUCCAGCUAUGGGUCGGGAAAUGGGGGGCCUAGGUCUUCCUGGCAAGAACGACCACAAGGGCCUCCUCCUCCGCCACCCCGUCAGCCAGAGCCCGAGCCUGAGCCCGAGCCUGAACCCGAACCAGAGCCUCGCAAGCCGGAUCCUCCUCCAAAGGCGAGGCCUGAACCAAAACCCGAACCUAAACCGGAGCCCAAACCGGAACCCAAGCCGGAACCCAAGCCGGAACCCAAACCUGAGCCCAAGCCAGAGCCGAAGCCUGAACCCAAGACUUCACCACAGAAACCGCCACAGAAAUCCCAAUGGGAGAAGGCUAGAGAGGAGACGAGAAAGCGCGAGGAAGAGCGCAAGGCCAAGGAAGAGGAGGAGAGGCGCAAGGCCGAGACGGCCCGCAAGCUGAGAGAGUUCCGGGAAAGAGAAGCCCGUGAACGUGCCCGGCGAGACAGAGAGGAGCGUGAGAGACGGGAGAGGAUCGAGCAAGACAUUCGCGAAAAGGAGGAACUCAAGCAGAAGCUGGAGAUUGAGCGACAGGAGAGGGAAAAGCUCCAACGCGAAAAGGAAAAGGCCGAGCAGGAGGCCAAGGAGGCCAAGGAGCGUGCCGAGAAGGCGGCCAAGGAACGCGAAGCCCAGGUCAACAAGGAGCGUGCAGACAAGGAGCGUGAGGAGGCGCGCAAGAAAGAGGCGGCCGAAGCUGCUGCCCGCAAGGCCCGCGUCGAGGCACAGCUCGAAGCCUUUCGGAAAGCCAAGCGAGAGCGUGAAGCUGCCGAGAAGGCCAAGAAGGAUCGUGAAGAAGCAGAGAAGAAGAAGGCGGAGGAGGAAGCUGCCCGCCGGGCCAAGGAGGAGGCGGAGCGCAUCGCAAGGGAAGAGGCGGAACGAAAGGCAGAGGCUGAACGAAAGGCAGAGGCCGAAAGAAGGGCAGAGGCCGAACGAAAGGCCGAAGCAGAGCGCAAGGCCAAAGAAGCAGCAGAGGAGGCCGCGAGAAACACUCGCAAGAGUGGCUCUUACGCCUUCUCGUCGGUCGGUGAGAAGACAACCAUCGAGACCUCCCCCGUCCGCCGCGUCGUCUGCUCCCCCAAGACCUCCCCCGUCUGCGUCUUCUUCUGCUCCCCCAAGACCCCCUCCAUCUGCCAGCUCUGUGCCACCAAGACCUGCACCUUCUGCGACAUCCUCGAACACAUCGCGACCAGCGCCUUCGACAGCAUCCUCGAACACGGCGAGACAGCCCCCGAGGCCCCGAAGCACAAGCCGGCAUCUUCCAUCGGCUCCGAGUCAUCAUGGGCCCCGUCGGCCACGACUACGCGAACGACACCGCCGCCUAGCAUGCGUGCUCCGUACACGACGAAAGACCCCGACAAGAUUGUCAUCAGGGCGGUCUAUCUGUUCAUGAAUCAGUUUGCCAAGACCCCAGCCAGCCAGCUCGUGUCGGGGUUUGGCACAGUGACAGAUGGACUUAUCCUGCGGAUAACGACCGAAGGCCUCUUCAUCGACGACGAUGUCCGCGGCGUCCCGCAGCGCGAGUGGGACGUCAAGGCCUGGACAUUAAAGCUGGUCGAGACUGGGGAGUGGAGACACAAGAGCCUCCACGUCCUGCGCGCAACUAUUCGAGAUCAAGAAGGCAAGCGUUACAUGUUUGUCCUGGACGAAGAGGAGGCCUGGAAGGUCGCCGUCGGCGUGCAGAGGCUGCGCAAGGGCACCCAGGUGCGCUCGCUGGGCGUCAGCGGCAUGUCUGCGUCCGAUGCCAGAGGCACACUCGAGACCCUUGGCUGGGGUUAA